AUGUUCUCGAGGCGUCUUGGUGUCUUGUGCGUUAUCUCCUGGUCUGUUUCAGCAGUGCCGACUGUUCAAGACUGGCAUAACUUGGCUUAUUCACUGGAAGGGCAACUCCACCGUGCUCUACCUUUUGCGUUUUCGUGCUUCUCGACUGUAAAUGGGGCAUCAAGCAUCCCCAACGAGACGGAAUGCGCUGAAGUUCAAGCUGAUUAUGCAAAUGCGACAGUCCGAUCGUCACAUUUUAGUGCAUAUAUGAUGCCGCAAUGGGAGAUGUGUCAGAAGACCUCCGAAAGGUGCCUGUUGGAUCCCUCCAAUACGAGCAACCCAACUGCCUUCGAAAAGAGUGAUUGUUUUCAGGGAAGCGUGUCUACGCAUUACAUUGGUGUACAUCAUAGCUCACUAUAUCACUAUACUCCGCAGCAUCGGGAAGGCUUCCUGCAUUACUUUGCCUCCAUGAAAAUCAUGUACUGCUCGAGCAAUGGUUACAAAGCUGUGACGACCUUUGAAUUUUCGAAAGCCACCAGCCUUCAUCUGUCUAUCAAAGCAUCCGGUCAUGAAUACAAGGGUAGGUCGAGCUUGCGUGGCUCACUUCGUUAUGGGUUUGCCAUUUUGAUUACCCGAAAUCUCGGCGGCCACCCAGCGGCGGAUGGGUUAUGGCAAGUAACUCGGGCCUUGAUCAGACAACUUAAACUAAUUUAUGCCAAUCAAGGAGGUGGCCAUAGCGUCUCAGCACCUGUUUACGGGCUUGGUGUAGACCGUGUACUUCAAUUCAAGAUUGUUACACCUGAUGGAGAGCUUCGAAUUGCAGAUGGAUUUCAGCACCCCGAUCUUUUCUUCUUUUUUUUUUUGAGCGGGGGUGGAGGCUUUUGCGGAGACGGUCCAGCGACACAGUCGUUUCCAACGUGCAGCCAAAGGAGUCUCCAGGAGUUUAAACCCGGGGAAUGGACCGGUUUGACGGGGGAUCGAAUUUGCGCAGUGACGCAACCCAGGACCUUCUGGUUUACCCAGAGGACCGUUCAACCACAUGGGCCCCUCCCCGGUCUUUUCUGGGCGCUUCGGGGUGGAGGUGGAUCGACUUUUGGCAUCGUUCUCGAGUCUUCCAUGCUUGUAGAGCCGCAAAUGAGUCUUAUAGUCACUGCCAUAUCCUUCCCACAAACAGUUGAGAAUGGCGCACCAUUUAUGAAACUCCUCGUGGAUCAUACAUACAGGUGGGUAACUGAAGGGUGGGGAGGCCAUAUGAGGUCUAACGGCAUAAUCAAUGUCAAUCCUUUGCUGACUCUGGAGGAGGCUCGGAAGAAAUUCCCUCCUGGCUGGCAUUUUUCACAAAAUACGUUUUAUCUACUGAAGCUGCGAGGCGUCGGGGUGGAGACCACUCUCGGAAGUCGUUUGAUACCGGCCGAAAAGUUUGCCGCUGACAGCGUCAAGGCUGGGUUACUCGAUAUUCUGACUAAGAUUGUACAGCAGUUCUCGAUCAACCCUUAUAUCGUGGUCGGGACACCAUUCUUGUACAAUUAUACUGAAGGAUCUACCAGUGUUACUCCAGCGUGGCGAAAUGCGCUGUGGCAUAUGUCAAGUUCUAGAAUAUUUAGCUGGAAUUCUACAGCUGAGGAUAUGCAAACUCAAUAUGAUCUCCUGAGCGCGGUCACCCAAUGGCUGAGAGACUUUUCGCCAGAUUCUGGAGCCUACCUUAAUGAAUGUGAUGUAUAUGAGCCCAACCAUGAAGAAGCCUUUUGGGGAGCCAAUCAUGCCCGAGCCCUGUCCGAGUUGGCUUCAGUCGUCAUUACGCCACCGCAAAUUCUAUUGGCCAACCGUUCGACGUCCAAGUUUUUCUUCGCCUAUAUCUGCCGCUUCGGUGAGCCUUCCGAAAUCGAGCCAGUGCAAGCCUGUGGCCUGCGAUCAGUAGCAGAGGCUCUUUCUGCUACCCGUCCCUCUGUACUAGGUGAUCCGCGGCACUCCACCACUUUGCACCCCGACGGAGAAAGGCAGCGGCCUGACAAUAAAUACCGGUUGACGAAGAAGCCUCAAUAUGAGCGGUCGCCGUUGAAGCCCAAGGAUGUCAACGUGUUUAUACUGUCUUAG